AUGCCCAACAUCACCGCCGUACCCGAUUGCACUGUCGGUCUCCACCCCGAUGAUACCGACAACAAUAACUCCGUAUUCGAUAUCGAGCAGCAGCAAAUCGCGUUCGGUGAUACGGCUUUCUCGGCGAAUGCGGGCGGUCCCCCCGUUGGUGAGGAUAGAGCGAUGUUGAACGCAUAUGAAGAUAAUGAGACGCAGAAUGUAGAGUCAUUGCGCGCUGUUCGGUCUAACGCGGUGGAGGCCGCUUCGCCAAGUGCGCGCAACACACCCGGGUUGGUGAACGAGGAUGCCUCUGCUCCAGCUGCACUCUACAUAGGCUCGCAAGAUUACUCUGGCACAAGUCACACGCAACCCGCUUCGCCCGACAUGCCGGCUGCGGACUCCACGCCACAGCAGGCGACCGACAUCGGCGCGCAAAUGUCGGCCAAUAGCCUCGAAAUAGCACAUCUCCAACUGGACUUGUCUCACUACGCAUACUGUCGCCUUCUCACUGAGGUCGCCCUGAGUCGUCGCAGGUUUCUCGAUGUUGCUGAACAGUUUUACGCUACGGUCCGCCUCGAUCCCGGACAAGCUGACGCUGCCCGUCUUAUCGCCGUUCAGGCUCUUCAAGACCGAGAUGACGCUCUGAUCGCUCUUGUUACUGCUCGUACGACGGCGAAUCUGGAGGCGUUGAACGCGCUGUAUGAGGAGGCUGUCGCUCGUUCGACGCCUACCUCUGCAGCUACCGAGGACCAUGCGCAAGAGGAUGGCGAGGAGGAGCUUGAUGCGGAUGUCGACGAUGUCGACGAGGCAUAUGCACAUGGAUUGGACAGCGGCAUCGGGGAUUACGUGUCUGUAUUCGAGUCGAACGGUGGAAACUAG